UUGUGAAACAAGUAAGUCCUGCACAAAGAUAUGACUUACAUACUUUAUUGGGUUUUAUAAACAACUAUAAUGUGAAGGUAUUUUGAAAAGAUCCGAAAGUGUGUUCUAAGACGUAACCCUUUCACUUUUAAAUAGAACAAUUGUAUGAAGAGGCCUUCGUACUGUAAUAAAUGUAUCACAACAAACGUUAUUAUACACUUAAAAGGGUCAUUAUUAACAGUAUUGCCUGCAGCUCAAUAUUCCACUCUUUACUCGUUAUCUGUCUUUUGUUUUUGAAUUUGUUUUAAGAAAACGUGUCAUCAAUCUUUAUCAUCCAGGUCUGUAUACUACAAUGGAGCUGGGAGCAUUGGACGUGGCCACGAUUGCAGUAGAGGUCAUCGGUGGCUUAGCGAUUGCUUGUAAUUUGAUGGCGGUGGCCGUCUUUGCAACAACCAAGUCACUUCACCGCAAGUAUUAUUGGUUCAUUCUCAACCUCGUUCUCGCGGAUAUUGCUUCCCCUACCUUAGCAAUCGUGCAGCAGGUUCGCCCAGGUAAAGCCCCAGUUGCCCUGGUGCGAGGCGCUGCCUUCGCAGCUGAGUUGAGUAUCUUAUCGGUUGCAUUGAAUAAUUUCCUUGCAAUCGUUAUCCCAUCUCGUUAUGACGUGAUUGUGACGCGCUGUCGCAUGGUGGUAUACUGCUUGUUCAUUUGGGUCCUGUCUCUCUCUACCUUCCUUGUCUUGACGUAUAUUCAAGAGUACGCAUUCUGGAUCGUUCGACCACUGUUAUCCCUCACCGUGAUAAUUCUGACUGGAAUUCUUUACUGCGUGGUAUUCCUGACUAUCAAGAAGUACAGGGAGUCGCAGGCUUCAACUACGGGCAAUGAUCUGACGGCUGACCGGCUGCGUCGCACUCGACGAUUGAUGAUCACUUUCACCGUCAUCCUGGUGACAUCUUGCGUGUGUCAGAUCCCAUUCUGCAGCAUCAACAUCAUGAUAUUUUUCAGUGGAAAAGAUCUGUGGGGUCAGGACUACAGUGUCUUGGUCUUUCAUAAGUGGAGCGUUGCAUUUGUGCUUCUGAGCUCUCUCGCUAACCCGUUCAUUUACUGGUGGCGUCUGGUUGACUUCCGGUCAAGGUUCUGUAAGAAGAAGAACGCAGAUGAGACGGAGCUGGCAACGGUUAACACACAGGCGCCGAUGUAG